AUGGCGCAGCUCGGCUACGUCUUCGACCAGUGGUUCAGCCACCGGCUCACGCAGUUCCUCGCCAUGAUCUUCCUCGCGCUGCUCAUCACGGCGGCGGGCGGGUUGGGGCUGUGGCUCGUGGGCGACGCCAAGGACGUGCAGCAGGGCACGUGGAACGCGUGGACGUACAUGGCGGACCCGGGGUCGCACGCGGGCGUCCGGGGCACGGGGCCGCAGGUCGUCGCGAUCACGGUGACGAUCCUGGGCGUGCUGCUCAUGGCGGCGAUCCUGGGGUUCAUCGUCGAGGCCAUCCAGGCGAAGAUGGAGGAGCUCAAGAGCGGGCUGAGCAGGGUGGUGGAGUCGGGGCACACGCUCAUCCUGGGGUGGACGCACGAGACGGUCAUGGUCAUCGAGGAGAUCUGCAUCGCGAACGAGUCCGAGGGCGGCGGCAUUAUCGUGGUGCUCGCGGACAUGCACAAGCAGGAGAUGGAGAUGGACAUGGCCAUGCAGCUCGGCGGCCACGUGCAGGCGCGGAAGCGGCUCCGGGGCACGAAGGUCGUCCUGCGGAGCGGCAGCCCCAUGCUCGUGCCGGACCUGGCCAAGGUGUCGGCGACGGAGGCGCGCGCGACGCUGAUCCUCGCCGAGCCGGGCCUCGCGGACCUGGCGGACGCGCACACGCUCCGCUGCACGCUCGCGCUGCUCUCGCUGCCGAACCUGUCCGGCCACGUUGUCGCGGAGAUGCGCGACCUCGACAACGAGCCCCUCGUGCGCCUCGUGGGCGGCGAGCUCAUCGAGACGCUCACGUCCCACGACAUCCUGGGCCGUUUGAUGUUGAUGUCCGCGCGCGAGCCGGGCCUGGCGUCCGUCUACGCGACGGUGCUGGGCUUCGUCGGCGACGAGUUCUACGCGGCGCACUGGCCCGAGCUCGUCGGCGUCGCGUGGCGCGAGGUCGCCUUCCGCUUCCGGACGGCGAUCCCCAUCGGCAUCCGCACGCUCGACGACCAGCUCAUCCUGAACCCGCCGGGGGACCGCGUCCUGGAGGAGGGCGACGAGAUCGUGGUAUUGGCCGAGGACAACGACACGUACGCGCCCGGCGAGCGCGUCGUCGUCGAGACGGGCCCGCCGCCGGUCCAGGACGUGCCGCCGAAGCAGAAGGAGAUGAUCCUGUGCUGCGGCUGGCGCCGCGACAUCCGCGACAUCCUGCUGCAGCUCGACAAGCAGGUCGCGCGCGGGAGCGAGCUCCACAUGAUGUCCGACACGAUCCCGCUCGAGGACCGGAACCGCUACCUCAAGGACUCGGGCCUCGACGUGGACAAGGACAUGCACAAUUUAAAAAUUGUGCACUUCAUGGGCAACACGGCCAUGCGGCGCUGCCUCGAGAGCCUCCCGAUCGCGGAGUACGACUCGUGCAUGAUUUUAGCGGACCAGUCCUUCGAGGCGCAGAUGAUGCAGAGCGACUCGCACGUCAUCGCGUCCCUGCUCCAGCUCCGGGAGAUCCAGAAGGAGGCCCGCGCGACGCGGCGGUCCAUCAUGAACGAUUUGAAGCUGCGCCAGCAGACGGGGGGCGGCGGCAUGAGCAAGAGCAAGCGCGCGCUGACGCAGCGCCUCCAGCUCGCCAUGCCCACGAUCUGCGAGGUUUUGGACCCGCGGACGCCUCGGAACAUGACCGUCGCGCACACGUCCGACUUCUGCCAGUCGAACAAGCUCAUCGCCCAGAUCCUGGCCAUGUGCACGGAGGACCGGUCCAUCCAGGUGUUGCUCAACGAGCUCCUGGGCCCCGGCGGCGUCAGCUUCUCCAUGCAGCCCGCGAGCCGCUACGCGCACCCGUCGGAGCACCUCAACUUCUACGAGCUCGCCGCGCGCGUCCAGUCCUACGGCGAGACGCUCUGCGGCUACCAGACGCGCUGGGAGAAGAAGGCGCACACGAUCAUCAACCCCCAGGACAAGGGCGAGAAGAAGCUGGGCUGGGAGGCCUACGACCUCAUCGUGCUCCAGGGCACGGCGUCCGCCAUGUCCGCGGACCCGGCGCUCGCGGCCGCGCGCCGCGCGUCGCCGCGGUCCCCGCGGGGCCAGCGCGGCUACGCGUCGUCCGCGAAGAUGACGCGGGGCACGCGCUCCGGCCGCCACGACACCAUCGUCGCGAGCCGCGGCGGCACGCGCCGCGCGUCCAUGACGGGGCACAAGAAGCGGAAGGAGGUGUCCUCCGCGAAGCUCGCCGCGUCGCGGCGGAGCCUCAUCGCCAGCCACGACGACGGGCCCCUCGCCGAGCCGGGCUCCCCGAAGAUCGCGCCCGAGUAG